UCAGUUCUGCGCCAUACGGCAAUGGCAUGCGACGUUCGAUUUGUCGACGUUCCCAUUUGUAAAGUAACGUCAAAACUUGUUAGUGUAAUUGAAAAAAAAGUGUUAUCAAAAUCGUAUAUAUUAAAAAAAAAAAAAAUUUAACAGUGUUAAAAGGAACUUUUAUCCUUAAAAUCAAAUAAUCCUGGAACGAUCCUCCAGGAUCUUAAAAGUGCACCAAUAUGGCGUCAACCGAUCUAUCGUCAGGUUCGAUACCAGCAUUUUAUCGAGAUGUGUAUCAAAAAAUUUGUUCACCAACUAGUGGAAAUGUGGAAAAAGAAGUGUUUAAAUCGCUUCUUGUCAAAUCACAAUUAAGCAGCUCUAUUCUUAGUCAGAUAUGGGAACUGGUUGACAGUAAAAUAGGAUACUUGACACGAAGUGGAUUGUAUAAAGGUCUGGCUUUAGUUGGAUUUGCUCAACAAGGAAAACAACCAAGUGACAAACUUUUGGAAAAUUCCGAAACACAAGAAUUACCUGUGCCAACUCUGGGUGAUUUGGCAGAAGUGACACUUUUGGCCCAACGAUUACACAGAGGAUAUAAUCCAUCAAAAUUAAAUCUCACCUAUUCUGAUAUUUGUAAUAUAGACACAAUUGAAGUCAAUUUAGUACCAGAGAAAAAAGGAAUAUUUCUCAAACACGUGGAAUAUCAAGUUACAAGCAAGAGAUUCAAUUCCAUGGUUUACAGGCGAUACAAUGAUUUUGUUUCAUUACAUGAACUUCUUUUAACAAGAUUUCCCUACAGAUUAAUACCAAAAUUGCCUCCAAAGAAAAUUGUCGGUGCUGAUUCACAAUUUUUGGAAGAACGAAGAAGAUCUCUAUUAAGAUUUCUCACUUUAAUUGCACGACAUCCAGUUGUAAAUAAAGAUCCAAUUGUACAAUUUUUUUUCACCUACACUGGCGAGGAAACACAACAUAAAAUACGUGAAGUCUUUCGAAGAGUACCUGAUGAAUUUGGCACAUCAGAAUUAUCAUCAAGAGCUAAGGAAUUAGUACCACCUGAGGCAUUAACUGAAUUUGCCAAUAGUAGAGAUCAAAUACGUGUGAUACUUUUGGGAAUUUCACGAUUAAAAACUAUUGCCGAUUGUUUGGCUAUUAGAUCGCAUAGUUAUGCUGUUGAUAUGGUGGAAAUGGGAACGCAAUUAAAUAAUUUAGCAUCACAAUCACAUGAAACGAGUCCAUGGUCCACGGGAGGUUUGACAAUUUGGGAGGACAUGAAAAAAGGAUUUCACACUAUUUCAAAAGAAAUUAAUUUACUAUCAACAAGAGCUUUACAACAAGCGGUGAGAGAAGAAACUGUUGUUUGCGAGCGUUUAAAUGUAUUGUUGGACAUUCUUAUUGCUCAUAGAAGUUUAUGUGAAAGACAUGAAAGAGGAGUCAGUGCUGAUCAUCAACGAGCAUUGUCAACAAUGUUAUCUUUAAAAAAGCGACAAAUGCAAGGAGUAAUACGAGGAACUGAUGCGGAUACUGUCGAAUAUUUAGAAAAUAAAAUGGUUGCUCAAGAAUCAGUAAUUGCCAAUGUUGAAUUAAGAAAUUUGUUCUCCUUACAUUGUCUUCAUAUGGAAACACAAUUGGUUCAUGCUCAUUUAGAAAUUCUCGCAACUGUUUUACAAAGUCUUGUAAGCGUUCAAAUUCGUGGUCACUCAGAGUUGGCGGAAGUCUGGAAGUCGAUAGAGCCUACAAUAACAAAAUGUUUGCCAGAAAAAUCGGCAGAUGGUUCAAAUGGAUUUUCAUAGCGAAAAAAAAAUCAUAUUUAUGGAUUAAAACAAACUAAAACAAUAUGUAUGGGAGGAGAGAGUAAAGACUAUGUUAUGAAAAGCUUUCAAAGUUGUUUGCAAAAUAUGUAAAAGGAUGAUUUACUCGAACAGAUAUUAUUAAAAUUCCAUUAAUUCGGAAUGAAACAAUAUAAUGAAUACUAAAAUAUUGGAAUAUAUAGUGAGAGAGAUUUUAUUGUUAUAGUUAGUGCAAUAUAAAUUUUAUAUUAUUCAUUUAUAUAAUACGAAACUCAAGAAAAUAUUACAUCUUUGUACUUAAUACAUAUUUUAUUUGUUAAAAAAGUUAAAUUUGUAAAUGUUUUAUAAUAUACUAUAUACUUGUACAAAAUUUUUUUUAGAUGUACAUAUAUAUGCAUUUAUA